AUGCAUUAUAAUGAAGAGGACGUGGCUGAGUCUAAAACAAUCCAGAUUGCUGUUCUUGGCGAGCCUAAAACUGGAAAGAGUUGCCUAUGCCACCGUUACUUGGGCGGUAACAGCAUCGCUCCAGUGGGAGGCACACAGGGUGCUGAGGUGAUGGCAGGCCAGUGCAUAGGACUGCGCCCCCCGGUGCCCCUACAACUCUGUGACGUCGCAGGAAACGCACUCCAGACGAACAUGCUGGCCAACUACUUGUACGAUUCUGAUAUUAUUUUAUUUGUUUACGACCUCACAAAUCUUGAAAGUUUCGAUAAGUUGGCUAUAUGGAUUCAGAGAGUGAAAGAGAUAUUUGAAAUUGAAACGACUAAGCCAUUGAUGGCUCUGUUUGGGAAUAAGUCUGAUUUAGAACACCAGAGGGCUGUGAGAUUGUCUUGUGUGCAAAAAUUUGCAUCCGAACAUUUGUUGGAGACAUUCAAAGGAUCUGCAAGAACUGGGGAGAUGGUUAGUAACGCGUUCACAACGCUCGUUGCUCGUGUAAUGGGUGUGAAGGUGAAUAGAUUACCGCCAGCCCUUGUUGACGGCAGGUCUGCACUACCGAAGGAACCUGUUACGAAUGGACCCGCGUCUUCAGGUUACUCGGACCCCAUGCAAUCACUAAUUAUGAACAGGAAAGCUAUGAGAAGAAUGCAACGCAAAGCAUCAUCGACAAUAUGCAGCAUACAAUAA